UUAAUUGAUCGUUAAAUCGUCUCUCCCUGAUCUCUCCAAUCGCGUCAUCUCCCCCAUUUUUCUCCUUCGACCCGACGUUGAAUUCCCCUAAUUUUUCCACCAAUUGAUUACAAAUUGCCAAUUAUGAGUCCUGUUUGAGCUAAUUGGUUGUGAGCUUGGAGCUGCAGAUACCGGUGGACGGUGAUAUCGAUGGAGUAAUGUGGUGAUCUAGGGUUUGGAGAAGGGGCAUAGGAAAUGUCGGGAGUAGGUAUGGAGAAAUUCGAGGAGUAUUUCCAGAAGGCGGAUGCGGAUCGCGACGGCCGGAUCAGUGGAGUUGAGGCGGUGGCUUUUCUGCAGGGAUCCAAUUUGCCCAGACAAGUCCUUGCGCAGAUAUGGAUGUUUGCUGACCAAAAUGGCACUGGCUUUCUCAGUCGUCCUGAGUUUUAUAAUGCUCUUAAGCUUGUUACAGUGGCUCAAAGCAAGCGAGAAUUGACGAGAGAUAUUGUUAAGGCAGCCUUAUAUACUCCGGCUUCUGCCAAAAUCCCACCCCCCCAAAUAAAUGUACCUGCUACACCUGGACCACACCCAAGCCCAGUGGCUGCUUCACCUUUGACACAGGUCGGUGCAACUCCCCAGCCAUCUUCUCAAAAUCUUGGAUUCAGAGGACCUGUUCUUCCUACUUCAAGCUUUAACCAUCAAUCUGGAACAGUUCUGUCAACUUCAGGCAUGAACCAACAACUUAGACUGGUGCCUUCUCCUACUGGCAUGAACCAACAGUUUGGGACGGGACCUUCAAGUAUGGGAGUGAACCAACAGCUUUUACAGGGACAGCCCGCCAGUCCAUUGAACCAUCAGUAUGGCCAGGUUCCCCCAAAUACAAACGUGAACCCACAGUUUUUCCCCUCACAAGGUAGUCAGAUGAGACCGCCUAUAUCCAUGCCUACUGGUCCUGCUUCACGUCCACCUCAGGCGGCUAGUGGUCCAUAUAUUUCUGGAGGCAUGACUGGCAUUGGCCUUCCAAACACAAAUAAUGGUUUGUCAGUUGGGUCUUCCGUUGGACCUGCUACACAAGUCUCGGAUAGAGGAGUUAAUUCAUCCAUAUCAUCAGUUGCUCCAAAUUCCCAAGACCCACUUGCAUCCUUCCCAGGUGCCAAGGAUCCUAAAGCAUCAGUUGGUUCAGGUACUGGGCCUAAUUCAUCUGCCAUGUUUUCUAGUGACCUGUUCUCUGCAAAUCAGUCUUCAUCCCAAAAAGUUUAUUCUGCUCCACUACAACCUACAAGUAGCCUGCCUACAUCUUCUGCUGUUGACCCUGUUAGUUCGAGUGCCCAGACUUUGGCUAAGUCUGAUCCCUUUGAAGCUUUACAGAGCACUCUCAGAAAACAACCUGCUGCAGUUCCGGCUGCACAGACACAGUAUGUCCCCAAGCCUAAUCAGCAGGCUCCAACUCAAGUCACUUCCUCAGGCUUGACACCUGGAUCCAUAACAGGUAUGGGGAAUGCAAUGUCAGAGCCCUCACAGAUUUCAUGGCCAAAAAUGACACGAGCUGACAUUCAAAAGUAUGCAAAAGUUUUUAUGGAAGUAGACACUGAUAGAGAUGGGAAGAUUACUGGUGAACAGGCACGUAACCUAUUCUUGGGUUGGAGACUGCCAAGAGAGGUCUUAAAGCAGAUUUGGGAUCUAUCAGAUCAAGAUAGUGAUAGCAUGCUUUCUUUAAGGGAGUUCUGUGUUGCACUCUAUUUGAUGGAGCGGUACAGGGAAGGAAAGCCUCUUCCAUCUGUGAUCCCAAAUAGUGUCAUGCUCGACGAAACUUUAGUAACUUUGGCAGGUCCACCUACAGCUUAUGGUGGUAUGACAUGGAAUAAUGCUUCAGGAAUAAGACCACAGCAGGGCAUGCCUGGUGCUCAACCAGUUACGCAUGCUGGUUUAAGACCACCAAUGCAGCCAGAAGUCUCUCAGGCUGAUGGAUCAAGGCAAUAUAACCAGAAUGCUGGAGGUCGUACAUUAGAUAAUUCACAUAGAAAUCAACACAGUAAUGGGCUGGUCAAUUCUCUGGAUGUUGGGGGUCAGGAAGCAGCAGAAACUACUGGAAAGGUUGACAACAAGGAGAAUGUGAUUUUGGAUUCCAGAGAGAAGCUUGAAUACUAUCGAACAAAAAUGCAAGACCUUGUUUUGUACAAAAGUAGAUGUGAUAAUCGACUUAAUGAAAUCACAGAAAGGGCUAGAGCUGACAAGGGCGAGGCUGAGCUGCUGGAGAAGAAAUAUCAAGAAAAGUACAAACAAGUUGCAGAAAUUCAUUCAAAGUUAACUAUUGAAGAGGCUUCCUUUCGUGACAUUCAGGAACGGAAGAUGGAGUUACAACAAGCAAUUACCAAAAUGGAACAAGGUGGAAGUGCUGAUGGUAUUCUUCAGGUGCGUGCUGAUCGUAUACAAUCCGAUCUUGAGGAACUAUUAAAAGCAUUGGCUGAACGUUGCAAGAAACAUUCUGUAGAAGUCAAGUCUGCGGCAAUAAUUGAGCUUCCCCAAGGUUGGCAACCUGGGAUCCCAGAGAUAGCAGCGGUAUGGGAUGAAGAUUGGGACAAGUUUGAUGAUGAAGGAUUUUCUUUUGAUGUUGCCCUUCCUGAAAAGGGCAAGCCAGCAUCUGUUGAGAGAGAAAAAUCUUCUCCAACCCAUACUUAUUCCCCCCCUGAUUCACCGUCCAAUGCUUCUGAGCCUGAGAAACCCUUUGUUGCCGGGCCUAGUGCCUUCGAUUCAGAAUCAGUUUUCAGUGCCGAUGAGUCAAAGAGUCCACGUGGAAGCCCAGAGAGGCCAACAUCAUAUGAAAGUCCGUCUAAAGAAUACUCAGAGGGUCAUUUCAGAAAAAGCUCUGAUGGAGAUGCUGAAACCAACAGAGGCUUUGAUGAACCUUCUUGGGGAGAUUUUGAUAACAAUGAUGAUAUUGAUUCGGUGUGGGGCUUCAAUACUAAGGAUCCGGACGGUGCAAAGAACGAUGAAAAAUAUUUCUUCGGUUCUAAUGAUUUUGGUGCAAGUUCAGAAAGAAGCAGCUCUCCUCGUGCAGAAAGUGCCUUCCCAAAGAGUAACCUGUUCUUUGAGGAUUCUGUUCCCAGCACCCCACUUACGAGGGCCGGUGAUUCUCCAAGGUAUGGCAAUGAUUCAAGAGACCCGUUCGAGAGUUUCUCAAGGUAUGAUUCGUUCAGCACACAAGAUCAUGCCUCAUCUCCCCGUGGAGAGACCUAUGGUCGGUUUGACUCCAUAAGUAGCUCGAGGGGCUUUGACCACAGCAGCAAUUAUUCAUUUGAUGACUCCGACCCCUUCGGUUCUAGUGGCCCGUUUAAGGUCUCUUCAGAUACCAGUAAAGAAAAAUUCUAGACGAUUCGGGACUGUACACGUGAAAUUACACAAAACAGCAGCAGCAUUGAGAUUUUACCUGCGUUUGAUCACUGCAGAAAUCAGCAAAGUUUUGUAGUAUGAUAUUGCUCCAGAAAGAAGAUAGUAGAACGACAGGCACGGGCACGUUCUGCUUCGCGUAUACGGUGUAAAAGAUGACCACAAGACGCAGGAACGCAACAUUUGAAGCUUUCUUGGGAAAUUUUCGUUGUCGCCCUUUCCUGCUGAAGACAAGAGCUGCUUGUAUUCUUUUCAUUAUUUUUCCCCAAGAACUGUUUCUUUUACUUCUGUUUUGGGAUUCUUGUUUCUUUUUCACUUUUGUUAAUUCCAUUUGUGUUGUUCUUUGGGGUUUGGGAUGUGUGUGAAUGUACAAGAAAUGAUCUAAUACUACUAUGUUGUAAUUGAUGACUGAAAACAUGAUGUAUUCCUUUGUAAUCUAUAUUCUGAUGAUUUGCUGAA